CGCAAUCUCUUCCCAACCUCCAACCACUAACGACCACCGCCUGGGAACAACCACCAAAGCGCGCCCAACGAGAAGUCCACGAUACACUCGACACACCUCGCCCAGACCUGCUCGGAGGAGGCACCUCUACAUUCAUCUCACCGUCAUGGCCUAGCGCGUUGCGGCCGUGGAUGAGCUGCGUCAUGCCAGAUAUCUCCCAAGGUAGUCGAGGGAGGACAGGCUAUCCAGCUUCCCCGCGGUUCUUAUUCCCAGAACAAUCUCGCUCUAUACGAAUUCUCAAGCCACAGGGGACAUGGAAACGGGAGCUGAGGAGCAAAGAACUCCCACAGUGGCUGACAGGGCAUUCGCGGAAGAGGAAGGUGGUCGAGCCAGAGCCCCAAUUCAUCCCAGGCCAAGACCUUCUCCAGGAAGGCAAAUAAAAUCAAGAUGAGACAGCAAUUCCUACAUGAAUACAAAGCACCAGCUUGCAAGCGCCGGCGCGCAGUGGUAUACGAGAAUCUUGGCAGAAGGUGCUGUGGUAAAAGGUUAACAAAUAGAUCACUGCCUACCUCCAUCCUCGCUUUUCGACAAGGGACUGCCUCCCCCAAUUCGUCCCAUAGAAGCCUCGGAAGAGCUUCCAACAUACCCUAGCAUGCACCUUGUCAGCACGAGCAAAGGUUGCUUAUUCCAUAUCCUUCCCGUAUCCCCAUUUCAGCUGAAGAGGCCGGAAACAAGGCGGCGACCCGAAAGCAAUGCAGACAUCCAGAUACCCAGC